AUGGAGCCGGCGAGCCCUCAAGAAGCCAGCUUGUGGCGCCUUUGCCGCUCUGGGUACUGCGGCGCGAACAGUUGGCUGUCGGCGAAGCGCCUGGGAAUCCCGCGCGGGACCUUCCCUGCUCAGCAACCCGAGCCGAGGCGCCGAGGGGAGGAGCGCGACGAGGGAGCCGGCCGAGCCGCCGGCCGCUCGUCGAAGAGGCAGCGACCCCCACAGCCUAGUUCUGCAGCCGGGAAGGCAGGAGAGCCCGGGCUGUGGCGGGCGAAGAGAUGCCCCCGGGUAGGCGGGACUGAGCCGGGCGCUCCGGCAACCAUAACACAGCGAGGGUCCGAGGGGGCGCCCGGCACGCGCCUGCGGCGAGACGAGUCCGUGGGCAGGCGGGAGACCCUCCGAGGGAGACCCCAGCCACUGCCGCCGCCGCCACAGCGGAGCGUCACUCCCCUUCCUGGCGCUUCGCCUUCUACCCGCGCGCACCGUCGCGGCUGCGCCUCGUUUGGCCCCUGUCUGCCCAAGCAAGUCCCGACAGGGAGGUCCCGCUCGCCUAGGAGUCGUUGCUCCUGGUCCGCAUCUCCCGCCGGCCUUCCAGGGAGUCAGCUCCGACUUCGGGGCAGCGCCGCGGGUGGACGUGGAGCCGGGAAGGAGUUCUGGAGAGCGGAGUUCCCCUUCUUUGCCUCUGGUUCUGCCUCCUCUGCGCUCUGCUUGGAGAGGCCAGCAGGAAACUCCGGCGGUCUGGCUUUUUCCAACGCGGGCAACAAACUCUGCUUCUAUCCAGCCAGCCCCGCUCGGCACGCCACCAGGAGCGCCUGCAACACAACUCCAGGCUCCGUUUCCUGGAGCUACUGGCUGGCUGCUUGUGCGCGCGCGGGGCUCCCUUCGCUACUCCCUCGCUUUCUCUGUUAUUAUAGGCACCCUGCUCUCGCCCGGCGCGCAUGCGCCUACAGGCCGGCGGCGCUCAAGUCCUCCCCUUUUUUUAGUGAAUGCCGGAGAGAUCUUCGUUUUCUUCUCACUCACCGGCUCUACAGACAGGAGAAAGAGCUGGUGGAAAGAGAUGGGCAACGAACAGCAGACAGUGGCAAAAAAGCCUUCCUGAAGACCAGUGGAUUCCUGCUAUGUUUGCACAAUGAAAGAGACACGUGAACAUUCAUGACACAUACUUGAGGGUGUUGUACAUGUUGAGAAUUCUCCAUUAGGAAUAUCAUUCCAAACAAAGCACAAAAUAGCUGGGUCAGGAGUUAGAACCAUGCAAAGUCAUUUGGAAGGUGAGAUCAAAGCUGGCUUUUGUAGACAGCUGGACAAGUUCUUUAGUCACUUACACUAACCACCAAGCUGCUUUCGAACUGUACAGGUUGGAGAGAAUGAAAUAGAUUUGGAUAUGCUGCUAAGCUCUUGAUCUUUCUCAUUAUGUUAGCACGUGACUUCCAUACCAUAGCAUUUCGCUAUCUCCAGCUAUAAGCAUUAUUCUUUCAUAAUGCAAGGUGUCCACAUCAGUCAGAAUGAGGUGUGACAAUCGUGUCAGAAAAAUUAGAGAGGAGUUCAUGCCAGAUAAUUAGCCUUAGGGCAGAACUAGGGGAGGUGAAUCCAUCCAUCUGCAAUAUUUAAACAGAUUAUUAUGUUUCCUGAAAAGCAUUUGACUAAGACUGGAGCAAAAUGAGAAUUCUUAAAAUGCUAUGUAUUGCUUGUUUAGGAUUGACAUAGGCCAGUUUCCCUAUAACAUUUUAAAAUGUGUCUCCUGCAAGUUCUUGAAUAUACUCUGCACCAAAUCUUCA